UCUGUGUGUGUGUGUGUGUGUGUCUGUGUGUGUCUAAGUGUGUGUGUGUGUGAGUGAGAUAUAUAUAUAUAUAUAUAUAUAAUAUCACAGUGAAGGAUGGGAACGAUGGAGAAGUGGGAGAGAGAAAGAGAGAUGGAGUGAGAGACACAGACUGAGGGAGAGACAGAGAGAAUAAGGGAGGUGGGAGGAGCGAAUGCUGUGAGAGGGAGAGAGAGAGAAGAGAGAGGGGGAUCAGUUUACCACCGUGACCAGCAAACACAACAGAGUGAGUGUGAGUGUGUGAAGACGUCUUUCAAGUGUGUAUGAGUGUGUGUGUGUGUGAGUGUGUGUGUGUGUGUGUAAACAGUGUCUCAGAACUGGCAGAAUCAGCAGCAUGCAGAACAUCCCGGAAGAAUGGACACAGACGGAGGAGAGGAAGAGAUCGGAUGGAGGACAGAAGGAGGAGACGGGGGAAUGUGAGACGCUGAUGAUGGAGCUGAAUCGUCUCGUCCAGAAGACUGUGAGAGACAGCAGCUGGUGGGACAGGAGAGGACUGGACUGCACCAUCCUGGCUUCGGCUUUCAUCAGCCUGCCCUCAGCGUUCCUGCUGUUGUCCUCAUCUCAGGUGUGUUACUUCCUGUUGGGCUUGAUUCUGAUGGGCGUGGCUCAUGCAGUGAUCACGGUGAAGGGAACUCACCUGGCCAGUCAUGGAGCUCUGAGCGACUCCACCGCCUGGAAACAGUUCUGGGCCAUCUUCUUCAUCGAGGUGUGUGGAGCGUUCACAGCAAAUGCAGGUGUGAAAGCACACAUUAAGAUGCACCACGCUCACACUAACGUGAUCGGACUCGGAGACUCGAGCACGUGGAAGAUUCCGUUCCUGCCCCGAAGUGUUUAUCUGUUCAUCGCUCCACUCGCUGUGCCCAUCAUCACUCCUUUAGUGGCCAUGGGGCAGCUGAAAGGUCAGCCUCUGUGCACAGCAGCACGUACGGUGGUGUGUGUGUGUCUAGGUGUGUGUUCUCACUAUGUUGUGCUGCGGUGUGUAUCGGGGUUGGAAUGUAGCUCAGCGCUGCUGGUGAUGCUGCUGAGCAGAGCCAUGUUCUCCAUCCCAUACAUCCAUGUCAACAUCUUCCAGCACAUUGGGUUGCCGAUGUUUUCUCCAAAUCGUCGGCCAAAGCGGAUCUACCAGAUGAGCCAUGGUGUGUUAAACUUGCCCCGGAACCCGCUGUUGGACUGGACCUUCGGCCACUCGCUCAUCAACUGCCACGUGGAGCAUCACCUGUUCCCCUCGCUGUCCGACAACAUGUGCCUCAAGGUGAAGCCAAUCGUUUCGCGGUACCUGAAGGUGAAUGCAUUGCCAUAUCAGGAGGACGGCUAUCUCUCUCGCCUGCGUCUCUUCUUCCACAAGUACCAGGAGCUGAUGGUGUUUGCUCCACCUAUAAUUGAGUUGGUGGGGGUGCAGUAACGGAGAACCACAAGAACCGUUAAAAAUCUUCAUAACCAAGACAUCUCAUAUCUGACAAAUGUAGAUCUUCUGAUGAUGAAGAAAACGCACACACACACACACACACACACACACACACACACACACACACACACCGAGGGACUGUAGACCCAACGGCUUCUAUCAUAAACACACCACAUGAUGGAAGUUAUGCUGUCCAAAGACCAAUAUAAAUAUUUAAGUCCCAAGACAUGGAACAUAGUGAAGCUCUCACUGUAGGAGUAUACUACACAAAAGUAAGUGCCCCCACCACUAACCUGUUCUGAUAGUUUUCUUACUAUAGCACAUUUUCAGCUCCUUACAAAAAUUACAAAAAUAAAUCUACUCUGCUAGAACUGCUAACUGUAAUUUGACUGAAUCACUUUACUUAACUUUGCUUAACUAAACAAGCCAAAAGCUGAUAACUAACUAAAGACUGUCCAUGUUCAAAUUUAGUCUUUUUUUCUUUUUUUUUUUAAGUUUUAUGCUAAUUAGUUGUGAUGUAGUAACGCAACAAAUCCAUAUGAUUGGCUCCAGUAAAUUUCUCAGACCAAUCACUGUCUUUAUUUCCCAUUUAACAGAGAUGAAGUUACUGCUGUGGUUUUAUCUGAAUUUUAUUACUGUUUAAAACGUAGUUUAAUAUAGUAAUAAAAUUCAGAUAAAACCACAGCAGUAACUCUGUUAAACUGUAACACUGAGAUGUGUAAAAGUGAACAUUCUGGCUACUGCCACGUAUUACUGUAAUUUAAAAACAGCUGGACAGGCCACACCCACAAGAGAUAAUUAGUGUGUUAGUGUAAUGUUAUCUGUUUCUUUAUGUAACACAAACACUAAAACUGAGCAAUACAUCGAGUGACGCAAAAAGUAAACAAUUAUGAUGCUUGUAAACAAGAAAGCACUUCUCUUAGCAAGCAAAAAAUCAGUAAAUUGUAGCAAACAUGUAGCUAUGUGCUAAGCUAACAGUGCUAACUGAGUACUUUUUUGAAUGUUGAAGUUGAACACUUUAAAAAAGAAUUUUUUUUAGACUGAGUCUGUUAAACACUGCUUGUGAUCUUUAAUAAACAUGAAGUUAAAA